CAGGGUACAAGCAGCAAGAACAGCAGAGUCGAGCUGAUGAGCAGAGCUCUUUCAUUACGCCAGGUGAAUGGAGGCUCGUCCAAAAUUUUAGGAGUUUCGGCAUCAUUUAACAGAUUGAAAUCGCCGAUUUGAACGAAGAGUUGUGGUGACGGUAUCGAGUGGAAUCAAUCAUGCUGAAGUACGCGAACUUGUCUCUUGUCAGCCAAAUCGUCAGAGUGUCAAAGCGAUCUGUUGGCUCAGUUGUCAACAUUCCUAAGGCCGACCCCAGCGGAGUACAAAAUGAGCCAAUUCUUGAGUACUUGAAGGGAAGCAAGGAAAGAAAAGAGCUGCAGGCAGCUCUGGACAAACUGUCCUCGCAAUGUCAAGAGGUGCCCAUCAUCAUCGGUGACAAGGAGAUUAAAAAUUCAGAUGUGCAGUACCAGCCGAUGCCGCAUGAUCACAAGAAGAAGAUCGCGAAAUUCUACUACGCGUCGAAGGAGGACGUGAAGAAGGCCACGAAUGUCGCAACCGAAGCGCAGAAAAAAUGGGAUCGAACGCCACUGAACGAAAGACUGGCCAUUUGGACCAAAGCUGCCGAUCUGAUGGCCGGCAAAUAUCGCAUGGAACUGAAUGCUGCCACCAUGCUGGGACAGGGAAAGACUGCAGUGCAGGCGGAAAUUGAUUCUGCUGCCGAGUUGAUAGACUUUUUCAGAUUCAAUGCUUAUUUUGCAAAGGAGUUGCUUCAUUAUCAGCCUAUCAGUGAGAACGCGAGCGUGACUAAGAACUCCAUGCGAUACCGAGGCAUUGAAGGCUUCAUCGCAGCCGUCUCUCCAUUCAACUUCACUGCAAUUGGAGGCAAUCUCGCCUACACUCCCGCUCUAAUGGGCAACGGAGUUGUUUGGAAGCCGUCAGACACUGCUCUGCUGUCCAAUUACAUCAUUUACAAAAUAUGCAGGGAGGCAGGCCUACCUUCAGGGGUAGUCAACUUUGUGCCUGCUGAUGGACCUGUCUUUGGUGACACUAUCACCGCCUCUCCAAAUCUCGCGGGCAUCAACUUCACUGGCUCUGUACCAACAUUCAACCGGCUUUGGGCCCAGGUGGGAAAGAACAUCAACUUGUACAAAAACUUCCCAAGGCUCAUUGGUGAGUGUGGUGGAAAGAACUACCACUUUGUCCAUCCGUCUGCAGACGCCGAGUCGGUUGUCAUGGGCACCAUCAGGUCUGCGUUUGAGUACUGCGGUCAGAAGUGCUCGGCCUGCUCAAGGAUGUACGUCUCUGAGUCCCUCUGGCCAAAGAUUAAAGAAGGACUGCUUGCCGAGAGAGAUAAACUGAAAGUUGGCCCGGUGACGGAAUUCGACUCAUUCAUGUCGGCAGUCAUCGACGAGAAGGCGUUCAAAAGAAUCAAAAGCUACAUUGACAAGGCCAAGAAUUCGUCUGCACUGAAAAUUCUGGGUGGCGGACAUUAUGACGACAGCGUGGGUUACUUCGUUCAGCCCACCAUCAUCCAAUCAAACGACCCCAAGCACCGCAUCAUGAGCGAGGAAAUCUUCGGCCCUGUGCUUUCCAUUUACGUAUACCCUGACAACAAGGUCGAUUCCACUCUGGAGCUUGUCAGUGAAACUACAUCCUACGCACUGACUGGAGCGGUUUUUGCUCAAGACGAGAGCUUCCUGAAGUCAGCUGUGGAAGACCUGAAGUACACAGCCGGCAACUUCUACAUCAAUGACAAAUCGACCGGCUCGGUGGUCGGUCAGCAGCCUUUCGGUGGCGGUCGUCUCUCUGGAACGAAUGACAAGGCUGGAGGUCCGCACUAUGUCCUCCGCUGGGCAUCUCCUCAGUCCAUUAAAGAAACGUUUGUUCCCCUCAGGGAAUGGAGGUACCCCUACAUGGAUUAAACGCCUCUACUACGAUUUUUGUUUUGCUAUUUCACCCCCUAUAAUUUGGUGCAGAGUCCAAAGUGUUAGGUUGUGCCCUUGGUAGAAGAAACAAAAAAGAAAAAAUAUAAUACGAAAAUGUCUAGUGGAAUCCCUGGCCAUUUGUUUAACUGUGUGAAAUAGUGUUACCUGGUCACGCAAUUCUUUCACGAAUCAAAGUGCAUUUGGUGCCGGAAGUACUUAAGUAUUAACUCUUGCAGUAUUAUUUUAAUUAAUCACAGGGGUAUUAUAAUUUUUUACUGGUCGAAAUCUAUUGAUUAAUGUGAUUUCACGUUUUGUAUUUUUUUCUCGUCGCUAUUAGGACCUUCGUAUUUUUUUAAAUCUUGUCAAAUUAUUUUUGUACUCUGCUCAUUUCUUGCCUUCAAAUUUAAAAUUGGAAUGUAUUACGACUCACUUCCGACACCAUGAUUGUGUGAAACAAAAUUCACUGCCGAAAAGUGCAGCAAAAUGAUGACAAUAUAAAAUGUAUUACUAAAAUGGUAUUACAAAAGUUGUAAUGAUGUUUGCCUUAGUAGUUCUUACAAACAAACUCUUAUUGAUUGCUUCCCCACACUCAUCUUGCCAUUUUUUUCCAUCUAAUGACAUGCAUUUACUUCACGAUCACUCGAAGGGUUAAAUUUUCGUCUGUUAUAUAUGAUUGUAUAAGUCAUUUUAACUCUUGUGUUUCCUUUGUGAUAUGUUAACCUUGCUUAAUGUCGAAUAAGAGUGGUCGCAACAGAACAUUAAGUGUAUAAAAAAUGCAAUUGAAGAAUCACGAAUCUUAUCUCGUAUAUAUUGUACGGUGAACUCGGUAAAAAAGUAAACCUGCAAGCUGGAAAAAUGCAA